GAUCGUACGGAGUCCACUUAAAGAAAGUGGCAAUUUGCGAAGUGAUCUGAUAGUGUAAAUCUCAGUUGGCGUUAGUGAAAAUAUUGUUGUGAAAUGCAAUCGCUCCUGAAAUGCUAUCGAGGGAUCCUGUUGGUGUUUUGGCUUGAAUCAGUGACAGUUUUUAGCGCGACUAUUGAUCCAGCAUCCUUCUAUCAGCGAAGCAACGAUGGAUCGUACAGAUACGGAUACAGUGCAGGUGGUGGAAUCAAUGCAAGACAAAGUGCAACUUCCGCCAACGAAGUGGUUGGUCAGUACGCUCAACUGCAACCGGAUGGAAGGAUAGUGAAUGUCCGGUACAAAGCGGGUGUGGGAGGAUUUCAGCCUCAGUAUGGUGCAGGAUCGUCGGCAUAUAAUGGAGCUGCAUUUGGUGGUUCACCUGGAUCACCUGGAGGACUAGGAGGUGGUUCUUACGGCGGUGGAUCCCUCGGUGCAGGACCUCUCAGCAGCAGAUCUCUCACUGGAGGUCCAGGAUCGUUUGGUCCAGGAUCGUUUGGUCCAGGAUCGUUCAACACUCCACGAUCUUCCACCGAUGGUUCGCUGAAUGGUGGAUCUGGAGGAGCAUAUUCACCAGGAGGUGGAUCUUACGUUGGUGGACCCCUCAGUGCUACGUCUCCGGGCAGUAGAUCUCUACCUGGAGGAUCAUCGUUUGGUCCUGGGUCGUUCAAUACUCCUAGAUCAUCCGUUGAUGGCGGAUCUACAGGAGGUGGAUUGAAUGGUGGCGCAUCACUUGGCCCAGGAUCACCUGCCAGUAGAUCCCCUAUUGGUGGUUCACCUGGAAUCGGGCAAUUACCCGCAAGUGGACAACUGGCUCCUGGAUCGAUCGGCAAUAGAUCUCCUGUUGGUAGUGGAUCGUUUGGAAGAUCCUAUCUCGGUGCAGGCUUAGCUGGACCCUCAUAUGGAGGAUUUCAAUAUCCAAGUCCUCGCUAUGCUGUAACUCCAGCCUAUAGUGGGGAUUCCAACCAUAGGCGAAGGCCUCCAUUUGCAAUGGCUCCUACUCCUACACCCAUUCUCAACACAGGACCCCUAGGAGAUGGAUCAUACCGCUUUUCAUACGCUAACGAUAAUUCGGCUCGAACUGAAAGUGGUGACCCUAGUGGAACUGUCAGAGGAACCUAUUCCUUCCAAAACGAUGCAGGUAAUCAUGAUCUUUCGUAUGUGGCAGGGCCAAACACUGGAUUUCGACCCACCGGAGGUAGUCUAGCUUCUCCUAAUGGCUUACCAAAACCAGUUUCUUCAUCGACCACGACAUCAGCUCCCGUUACGGCGAGCCAAUCUGGUCCUAGAAAUGAUGGGACUUACAACUUUGCGUACCGAACUCCGGAUUCCACGAGACAGGAAUCAGCCGACAAUCGGGGAAACGUUCAGGGUUCGUAUUCAUUCCGUAACGAAAACGGUGAUCAUGAUCUUUCUUUUGUCGCUGGACCGAGUACGGGAUUCCAACCCACAGGGGGUAGCCUAGCUGUUCCCAAUGGUCUCGGACAGAGAAGACCUUCAAUACCUACCUCCACCAUUUCACCAAUCGGUACAACGUUCGCUACAACUACGUUGCGAAACGGCAGUCCCACUGAUCGAUCGUUCCAAAAUGAACCCGUUUCCGUCCGGGAUACUCUUGGAAACGGUGAUAGGGGUCGUUCUGGACUUGAAUUUGAACCUACUGAUAGCGAUAAUGUGUACACCAACAAUGGUCAGCGUCAGCCUUUUACAACCACGGUUCGUCCGGAGAGUUUCCAGAAUAUUAAUGGUGGCCCAAGGUAUUUACAUCAGAAUGGCGGUUUUGGUAGACAGGGAUCUAACGGAGCAGGAGGGGUUGACCAGCGCUACGAUGGCAGUAUCAACAAUGGUGUCCAACCGGUAAAUUUGGCAAACACAAACAGACUGUCGGGAGAUCCUACAAGUCAAACAGGUGUAGAUGGAUCACACGGCUUCCCCUAUACGACGUCCAGUGAUAAUUCCUUCGCUGACGGCCAACACAAUUUACGGGGAACCAGUGGAAGUUUGUCUAAUAACGGUCUAUCGUUUGAUCGUGGAAACGGAUUGAACUAUGGACCUGGUUCCGGUAAUGGUGGUUCGUUUGCUAAUUCUUAUGGUGCUUCUGGCGGUGGCGGUCAAAAUUUUGGAACACGAUCCGGGAGCUCUAAAGGUGGCAGUGAUGGAUCGUACAAUUUCUCCUACGACACAGGACGACAAGCUCACCGAGAAAGCAGCGAUGGCAGAGGGAGAGUCGAUGGAAGGUAUUCGUAUCUUAGCGAUGGAGGGCAACGUAGCUUGAGCUAUCGGAUAAGACCUGGAACGGGCUUUGAGGUGAUCGGCGGAAAUUUAGCAUCCAAAACUCCAAAAUGAACUACGCUCAGUAUUUAUUUGAUCCCAACACCACAUU